GUUCACAUCGCAUAGUCCGUUAAUCCGAAGCUGAAUCUGAACGUUCGCUCCACAUCUCUCUUCUGACAUCUCCUUCUGGUGCUUCUCGCGGGGAGCGCAUCUAGGGUUUUAAUACUCGUUGGUAGUGUUUCCAGGGUAAUUUAGAAGCAGUCUCGGUAGCGAAUAGAUGGCGUGCGUAUACAUACCGGUGCAGAAUUCCGAGGAGGAGGUAAGGGUUGCUCUGGAUCAGCUCCCCAAGGAUGCUUCUGAUAUCCUCGACAUUCUCAAGGCGGAACAAGCUCCUCUCGAUCUUUGGCUUAUCAUCGCGAGAGAGUACUUCAAGCAGGGAAAGCUUGAUCAAUUUCGCCAGAUUUUGGAGGAAGGAUCGAGUCCGGAAAUUGAUGACUAUUAUGCGGAUGUUAGAUAUGAGAGGAUAGCUAUCUUAAAUGCCCUUGGGGCCUACUAUAGUUACCUUGGAAAAAUAGAGACAAAACAAAGAGAAAAAGAGGAACAUUUUAUUCUGGCAACACAAUACUACAACAAAGCAUCAAGAAUUGACAUGCACGAGCCCUCCACUUGGGUUGGGAAAGGUCAGCUCUUACUAGCAAAGGGUGAAGUUGACCAGGCAUCUGCAGCCUUUAAAAUUGUGUUGGAUGGAGAUCAUGACAAUGUUCCUGCUCUUCUAGGCCAGGCAUGUGUUGAGUUCAAUCGUGGUCGCUAUUCUGAUUCACUUGAGUUGUACAAGAGGGCAUUGCAAGUGUAUCCCAAUUGCCCUGCUGCUGUGAGACUUGGCAUAGGUCUAUGUCGGUACAAAUUAGGUCAAUUUGAAAAAGCACAACAGGCUUUUGAACGUGUUUUGCAGUUAGAUCCUGAAAAUGUUGAAGCUCUUGUUGCACUCGCGAUAAUGGAUCUGCGCACUAAUGAAGCUGCUGGAAUUAGGAAGGGAAUGGUAAAAAUGCAGAGAGCAUUUGAGAUCUAUCCCUACUGUGCAAUGGCUCUGAAUUAUCUAGCCAACCAUUUUUUCUUCACUGGUCAACAUUUUUUAGUUGAGCAACUGACAGAAACUGCACUAGCCGUUACAAAUCAUGGUCCAACGAAGUCACAUUCUUAUUACAAUUUAGCACGAUCUUACCAUAGCAAGGGAGACUAUGAGAAAGCUGGACUUUAUUACAUGGCAUCUGUCAAGGAAGUCAACAAGCCCCAUGAAUUUGUGUUUCCUUACUAUGGGUUGGGACAAGUGCAACUAAAAUUGGGAGAUUUUAGAAGUGCGCUUUCAAAUUUUGAAAAGGUUUUGGAGGUGUACCCGGAUAAUUGUGAGACAUUAAAAUCAGUGGGGCAUAUAUAUGUUCAGCUUGGUCAGGCCGAUAAGGGCCAGGAAUUUUUGAGGAAAGCUACAAAAAUAGAUCCACGUGAUGCUCAGGCAUUUCUGGAACUGGGAGAAUUAUUGAUUUCGUCUGACACAGGAGCUGCUCUGGAUGCUUUCAAAACUGCACGUACACUUUUUAAGAAGGGAGGUCAAGAAGUACCAAUUGAAUUACUCAAUAAUAUUGGCGUCCUUCAGUUUGAAAGGGGGGAUUUUCAGCUUGCUCAACAAACUUUUGAAGAGGCUCUAGGUGAUGGAAUAUGGCUCUCUUUCAUUAAUGAUGAAAAGAAGUCAUUUGUUGAUGCUGCUGCAUCCAUUCUGCAAUUCAAGGAGAUGCAAUUAUUUCAUGACCUUGAAAGUAACGGUCACCAUGUGGAAGUACCAUGGGACAAAGUCACAGUACUCUUUAACCUGGCCAGAUUACUUGAGUUGCUGAACAAAUCUGGAGCUGCAAGUAUACUGUAUCGCCUGAUCUUGUUUAAGUAUCCAGACUAUAUUGAUGCCUAUUUGAGGCUAGCUGCUAUCGCGAAGGCUCGGAAUAACAUCCUCCUAAGCAUUGAAUUGGUUAAUGAUGCCUUGAAGGUCAAUGAAAAAUGUCCAAAUGCUUUGUCUAUGCUUGGUGAGUUGGAGUUAAGAAAUGAUGAUUGGGUGAAGGCAAAAGAAACCCUUCGGGCAGCUAGUGAUGCAACUGAUGGAAAAGACUCCUAUGCUACUCUUUCCCUGGGAAACUGGAACUACUUUGCAGCAGUUCGCAAUGAGAAGAGAAAUCCAAAGCUGGAAGCUACUCAUUUGGAAAAGGCCAAGGAACUUUAUACCAGAGUUUUAAUACAGCAUUCUGCUAAUUUGUAUGCUGCCAAUGGUGCUGGGGUAGUCUUAGCAGAAAAAGGUCACUUUGACGUUUCAAAGGAUAUCUUCACACAGGUUCAAGAAGCUGCAAGUGGGAGUGUUUUUGUGCAGAUGCCUGAUGUGUGGAUAAACUUGGCCCAUGUGUAUUUUGCUCAGGGCAAUUUUGCCUUGGCGGUGAAAAUGUACCAGAACUGCUUGCGGAAGUUCUAUCAUAACACAGAUUCACAAAUACUUCUAUACCUAGCUCGUACCCAUUAUGAAGCUGAACAGUGGCAAGACUGUAUAAAAACUCUAUUGAGAGCUAUCCAUUUGGCACCCUCAAAUUAUACACUAAGAUUUGAUGCUGGUGUUGCGAUGCAAAAGUUUUCAGCAUCAACGCUACAAAAGGCUAAGAGGACUGCAGAUGAGGUGCGAGCAACUGUUGCAGAGCUGCAAAAUGCGGUCCGUAUAUUUAGUCAGUUGUCUGCGGCUUCCAACCUGCACAUUCAUGGGUUUGAUGAGAAGAAAAUAGAAACUCAUGUUGGUUACUGCAACCACUUACUUUCAGCUGCAAAAGUUCACCUUGAAGCAGCUGAGCGUGAGGAGCAGCAGAUGCGACAGAGACAAGAACUUGCUCGUCAGGUUGCGUUGGCUGAGGAAGCCCGGCGAAAGGCUGAAGAACAAAGGAAAUAUCAGCUGGAAAGGAGAAAGCAAGAGGAUGAACUAAAACGAGUACAGCAACAAGAGGAACAUUUUAAGCGUGUAAAGGAGCAAUGGAAGAGCAGCACACAUUCUUCAAAACGGAGAGAAAGGUCUGAUGAUGAGGAUGGUGGUCCUAAUGAGAAGCGGAGAAGAAAGGGUGGAAAGAGGAGAAAGAAGGAUAAGCAUUCAAAGUCACACUAUGACACAGAGGAAAUAGGUGAAAUGAUUGAUGAACAGGAAAAUGAAUUCGAAGACGCUGACAUAAACUACAGAGAGCCUGAUGCUCAGAUAAAUGAUGAUGAUGGUGCUGAGGAGAAUGCCCAGGGUCUUCUUGCGGCAGCUGGGCUUGAAGACUCUGAUGUAGAUGAUAGGACGGCUGCACCUUCAACUAUUAGUCGACGGAGGCAAGCUUUAUCAGAUUCUGAUGAUGAUGAUGAGCCAUUACAGAGACAUUCCAGUCCCAUAGGAGAAAAUUCUGCUUAUCUGCAGGACAGUGAUGGAGAAGUCAAGGAUAGGGGCAGGACCAAUGAAGAUUUUGCCAGUGAUGAUGAGAAGGAGAAUUGAGUUUCCAUCUGCAGGGUUGAUAUGUUUACAGUCUUGGUCCAUCGAGUCAUGUGGAGAUUUUCUGGGGUUCUGAAAAUCGUCUACACAAAUAUGCGAUGCAUCCCAUUUUCUGGUAUAUAUACUUUGAAAGGUUUUAUUUUUGUGUAAAUCAACUUUAUCAAUCAAUAUCAGUUCCCUUUUCAGUUCAUCAA